AAGUGCAUUUUUGCUAUUAAAGCGCGCACGAUGGUUAGUCCAAAGUCCCACGUUGUGUCCAUGUCCAAGAAGAUCAUUAAGCCCUCUUCUCCAACCCCAUCUUCACUUAGGCGUCACAAUCUCUCUUUCUUGGAUCAAUUGGCUAGUCCUGCACAUAAUCCACUGGCUUUCUUCUAUCCCAAACUCGAAAAAUCAUGGUAUGACCUAAACCACAUAUCCACAAUUCUUGAAAAUUCCCUUGCAAAUGUAUUGACCUCCUAUUAUCCAUUUGCUGGAACGGUCAAGGAAAACAUGUUUGUCGAUUGUAAUGAUGUGGGAGCUGAGUUUUUUAAUGUUCGAGUCGAUUUCCCUAUGUCUGAAAUUCUCAAUCAUCCUUACAAUGAUGCUACAAAUUUUGUUUAUCCACAAGGGUGUCCUUGGAACACUUCAUAUGAGGGUACUUUAGUAGUCACUCAGCUAACACAUUUUGAUUGCGGUGGAAUAGCAGUCGGUGUAUGCAUCUCACAUAAGGUCGCGGAUGCAUAUAGUGUAAUCAAAUUCAUUACUGAUUGGGCUUCCUUAACUCGUGAUUCGGGUCUUGCAAAACCUUCUACUCUGUUUGAUGGAACUUCCUUUUUCCCACCAACUAAUGAUCUUUCAAUUUUACCGAAUUUCGAGCCUGAAAAAGAUGAAAAUUGUGUGACAAGAUUGUACCAUUUCUCCUCCUCUGGUUUAGACAGGCUCAAAAUCAUAGCAGCUGCAGAAUCAGGAGUGGAGAAUCCCACUCGGGUUGAAGUUGCCACAGCACUUGUUCACAAACAUGCCAUGGCUGCUUCAGCCAAGACUAACAAUUCGGGUUCAUUUAAACCAUCUUUACUAUGCCAUAUCAUGGGUCUGCGCCCACCAUUGCCUUUAAGCAACAUCGGAAAUGCUUGUAGCUUCUUUCUAUCGAUGACAUCUAAAGACGAUGAGAUGAAAUUUCCCAAUUUGGUGGCUGAACUAAGAAAAGCUAAGCAUCAACUUCGCGACAAAUUAAAAAAUGUGCCUCAGAAUGAGGUAUUCUUUCAAGUACUUGAAAUAAUCAAGGGGGGUGCGGAGUUAUUGGAACAAGUAAGCAAGUCUGAUGUGUAUAAGUGUAGCAGUUUGUGCCAUUUCGGGCUAUACAAUACAGAUUUUGGAUGGGAGAAGCCUACAAGAGUCACCUCGGCGAGUCCUGGAGUGAAGAAUCAGAUGUUUUUCAUGGAUAGCCCAAGUGGAAAUGGGCUGGAUGUAGUGGUGACUUUGGAAGAAAAAGACAUGGAAAUAUUUCAAAGUGACAAAGGCCUCCUUGAAUUUGCUUCUCCAAUUGUGAAAAUGUAGUACACCAAUUC